UGCUCAAACUGGUGCUCUUGCAAGAUGGCCGCGUCGAGUGCUGUGCUGUGCCUCUCCAAAGCAGUAAAACCAGCUGCUUUUGGCGGACUGUUUGGAAAUACAGUCAGAGUCUUUGGAGCUGCAGUCUGCAAGCAGAGAAAAGUGUCUACACACACAGGACAAAUUAUACCUCCUCCUGCUAAGUAUGGGGGCAGACACACAGUCACUCUGAUCCCAGGAGACGGGAUUGGACCAGAGCUGCUAAAUCACGUGCGGGAACUCUUCAGGUUCAGCUGCGUUCCCGUCGAUUUUGAGGUAGUGAAUGUGAACUCUUCCUUAGCCAGCGAAGACGACAUCAAAAAUGCCAUCACUGCCAUCCGACGCAACGGAGUUGCUCUCAAAGGAAACAUUGAGACCAACCAUACCAUGCCCCCAUCCCACAAGUCCAGGAACAACCUCCUACGCACUAGUCUGGACCUCUAUGCCAACGUGAUGCACUGUCAGUCCCUGCCAGGGGUCCAAACGCGGCACCAGAACAUCGAUAUCAUCAUCAUCAGAGAGAACACUGAAGGCGAGUACAGCAGCCUGGAGCACGAGAGUGUGUCUGGCGUGGUGGAGAGUCUGAAGAUUAUAACUCGGCUGAACUCUCUGCGUAUUGCUGACUAUGCCUUCAAACUGGCUCGGGAGAAAGGCCGGCGCAGGGUCACUGCAGUUCACAAAGCCAAUAUUAUGAAACUCGGUGAUGGCUUGUUCCUCCAGUGCUGUAAGGAAGUGGCCUCCGGAUACCCAGACAUCGCUUUUGACAGCAUGAUUGUAGACAACACCACCAUGCAGCUCGUGUCGAAGCCCCAGCAGUUUGACGUCAUGGUGAUGCCCAAUCUCUAUGGUAAUGUGGUCAGUAACGUGUGCGCCGGGCUGGUGGGAGGGCCUGGUCUGGUACCUGGUGCCAACUACGGACGGGACUAUGCUGUCUUUGAAACCGCCACCAGAAACACAGGCAAGAGCAUCGCUAACAGGAACACUGCUAACCCCACUGCCAUGCUGUUGGCUAGCUGCCUCAUGCUAGACCACCUCAAGCUGCAUGAUUAUGCUGAUUUGAUCCGAAACGCGGUCUUGACAACCAUGAACGAGACACGGUUACACACAGCAGACAUUGGUGGACAGGGCACUACGUCAGAAGUGGUCCAGAACAUCAUGAGAAUCAUCCAGAGCAGCAGCACCCUCACAGCAGAGAUCUGAACACUGCACACAACACAACGCCGCUGUAAUCUCUCACAUGAUGGAUCCACUUCUUUAAACAUGUGGCCAUUGUGUUUGAGUGAAUGAGUUCAUCCCUCAUGUCUCCACUUUUCUGUGUUUACUCAGCAUUGGGCCGUGAGGUCUGCUGUCUGAGGUGCAUGCUUACCACAGGCGAUUCACCAUGUCUUAACGUUUUGGCAGUGUUCAUGUCUUUCAUUUGCUGUAAGAUGUUCAAUUUAACCUUGUUACUGUACACAAGCAUUUCCUGGUUUACGCUCAUGUGACUAAAUAUAAACACAACAUUAUUACUGUCUUCCCUUCAGAGGUCGAAUUGAAAACAGCUAUGGCUAUGUCAUUCGUAACGGUUUCUGUUUCAAACCAGAAAAUGAACAGAAUGUUCAGGUUUUUUUCUGUUUUUUUUUUUUUUUUUAAAUCUGUUAUUUGGAGUCAUAUUAUCUAUGGUUUGUUCCGUCAUUUGAAAUCGGAAUUACACGCAGGCUUUUCAGAUCCACCACCAGAGGAAUGUAACGGUUUUAUAGUCAUAUUUUAUCUAUGUACUGUUGCAAUCUGCAUACCUCUAGCACUCAGCUGUAUCGGAUGUUGUUAACUCCAUUCCGCUAGAUUUCCAAAAAGCAUCUAACAGCUUGACUGUCAGUCUUUCUAAGAAUUCUGCUCUACCAAACCUUCUUGCCUCCUCCGAUGCAGUGAUGACUGGUCCAUUGCUUAAUUCUUCUUGGUCAGAAUUGAACCACAGCUCUUUGGACUGAGAAAAUCUCCCAUAUUACAUUUCAGGAGCUCCUAGAAUGUCCGCUGUGACGGAACUUUAACUCCAAGUAACCUUCUUGUUUUGUCUUAAUACUGUACUUUUGACAUGUGUUGCAAUGUGUAUGUCCUAUUUAAUCUGCAACAAAUGUUCUUGUCAACAGCUGUUGCCUGUUCUAUGUUGA